AGUGAUGGUAUAUAACCUGCAGCUGUGGCUGGAUGAAGAUUCCAUCAGUAAUUCAAUCAAAGGCAAGUCUUAUCCAAUCACAUCUUUAAAUCAAUCACUGAUCCCAGGCUCUAUAAAAGGGAGCAGCCUUAGGAAGGUACAUCAGAUAAACCCGGUGUGGAAAGCCAGUCACACAUUAGCUCAGUGUUCAGCCUCGGAUUACCCAGUCAAUGAAGAAGGAGCUUGCCAUUUUAAAGAAUCCACCAAUUGUUGAAACCAAUUCCCAGAGACACAAGAGAAGAGACUGAAUCAUCAAAAUUAAGUCUCUCUGAGAAUUGCUGAAAAUGGCUUUAGAUCAAAAAACCUUAUUUCAGUGUGAACCAUCUGAGAAUGAUCUUAGAUCAGGAAAUUCAGAGUUUCAACAAAGCCAAGGACCUGCCGUUCAGACAGAAGAUGGGAUUUCUGAGUUCUCAAGAACUGUGCUCAAUUCAUUGCAAGACAGCAAUAAUUCAUAUGCAAGGCAGGAAUUGCAAAGACUUUAUAGGAUCUUUCAUUCAUGGCUGCAACCAGAAAAGCACAGUAAGGAUGAAAUUAUUUCUCUAUUAGUCCUGGAGCAGUUUAUGAUUGGUGGCUACUGCAAUGACAAGGCCAGUGUGAAAGAAAAAUGGAAAUCAAGUGGCAAAAACUUGGAGAGAUUCAUGGAAGACCUCACUGAUGACAGCAUUAAUCCAUCUGCCUUAGUCCAUGUCCACAUGCAGGGACAGGAAGCUCUGUUUUCUGAGAAUAUGCCCUUAAAAGAUGUCAUUGUUCACCUCACAAAACAAAUGUCUGCCAAAACGCCAAGAGAAGCAAACAUGGAGACACACUUCCAGACUUCCCAAGAUACUUCCUUGGAAACAGGACAAGGAUAUGAAGAUGAACAAGAUGGCAGCAACAGUUCUCUGAAAACUACUCAAGUAAACAAAAAUAUUACUAAUCAAGGCAAUCAAAUAGCUUCCCUAAUCAUUAUCCAGGAAGAGAAUAGUCCUAGGCCUGAAGAGGGAGGUGUUUCUUGUGCAAACCCACAGAACUCAAGAGGAGGAGAGCAAGGCACUGCUAGAUCCCAGGAAGGGUCCAUAAACGGAAUCUCUUUUCAAGGUGUCCCUAUGGAGAUGGGACCAGGGUUUAUCUCACAGCCAGAGCAGUCCUCCCCUGAGUAUGCCCCUACCCACCAAAGCAAUGAGGGAAACUACGCACGUGAGGUACAUCAGGAAGGAGCCCAUGGAGUUCGAAAAUCAUACAAAUGUGAGGAAUGCCCCAAGGUCUUUAGGUAUCUCUCUCACUUACUAGCACACCAGAGAAGACACAGGAAUGAGAGACCAUUUGUUUGUCCUAAGUGUCAAAAAGGCUUCUUCCAGACAUCAGACCUACGCGUGCAUCAGAUAAUUCACACAGGAAAGAAGCCUUUCACAUGCAGCAUGUGUGAAAAGUCCUUCAGCCACAAAACCAACUUGCAGUCUCAUGAGAGAAUCCACACAGGAGAAAAGCCCUAUACAUGUCCCUUUUGUAAGACGAGCUACCGCCAGUCAUCCACGUACCACCGCCAUAUGAGGACUCAUAAGAAAAUUAUCCUGCCAAGUGUUCCCUCCACACCAAAAGCUUCCUAAGCUGCUGGUCGGUUGUAAUGUGUAUAAAUACAUAUGCAAGUAUGUAUAUUUCUGUAGAAUAUAAGAUAUGAUUUCCUGAUUAUGCUUUCAAUUUUUUGUCUUCAUUAAAAUGUAAGGCUAAGCAGAGCAUGGAAUUUAUCAGUUUUGUUCACUAAAGUAUUCCAAGUGGUUGGGAAAGUGGAACACUUCCAAUAACCAAUAAAUUUCUGUUGAAUAAAUUAAUGAAUCC